AUGAGUUUCCACAACAUAGCUUCCAACGGGCCUGUUGCGGCGGCCCCUACGAGAGCUUCACCUGCGCCCCCAACGCAAGCUACACCAACUGGCAAGCCUACCUCACCUUUUGUCGAACGUAGCAACCCAAUGCCUAAUGGCCAAGGCGCAGCUCCUCAAACGAUCACUUCCAAGGAUCCCAAAGCUGCGGCUGCGGCUGCCUCUGACAUGAGGAACAUUGUUCGGAGGAAGCUCACCGGCUAUGUUGGCUUCGCCAAUCUCCCAAACCAAUGGCAUCGCAAGAGUGUUCGUAAAGGCUUCAACUUCAAUGUAAUGGUCGUCGGCGAGUCUGGCCUCGGUAAAUCGACAUUGGUCAACACCUUGUUCAACACCUCUCUCUACCCUCCCAAAGAGCGCAAGCCACCGAGCCUCGACAUUAUUCCCAAGACGGUCUCCAUACAAUCCAUCAGCGCUGAUAUUGAGGAGAAUGGAGUGCGUCUGCGACUGACGGUUGUUGAUACUCCAGGCUUUGGUGAUUUCGUCAACAAUGACAAUUCUUGGGAAACCAUCGUUCAGAACAUCGAAGGUCGUUUCGAUGCUUAUCUAGAUGCCGAGAACAAGGUCAAUCGUAUGAACAUUGUAGACAAUCGGAUUCAUGCCUGUGUCUACUUCAUUCAGCCCACCGGUCACUCACUCAAACCUUUGGAUGUAGAGGUCAUGCGUCGACUCCACACCAAGGUAAACCUAAUUCCUGUCAUCGCCAAAGCCGAUACUCUUACCGACGAUGAGAUCACUGCUUUCAAACAGAGAAUCCUUGCAGACAUUGCUCAUCACAACAUCCAGAUAUUUGAGGGACCUCGUUAUGAGCUUGAUGAUGAGGAGACCAUUUCUGAGAACAAUGAAAUCAUGUCCAAGGUUCCGUUCGCCGUUGUUGGUGCGAACUCCGAUGUCACCUCUGUCGAUGGACGCAAGGUUCGGGGACGCAAAUAUCCAUGGGGUAUCAUUGAAGUCGACAACGAAGAGCACUGCGACUUUGUGAAGCUUCGCCAAAUGCUCAUACGUACUCACAUGGAAGAACUGAAGGAAAACACCAAUAACUCCCUUUAUGAGAACUACCGCUCUGACAAGCUCACCUCAAUGGGUGUGACUCAAGACCCCAGUGUCUUCAAAGAAGUCAACCCCGCCGUCAAACAAGAAGAGGAACGUUCGCUCCAUGAGCAGAAGCUGCAGAAGAUGGAGAUGGAAAUGAAGAUGGUCUUCCAGCAGAAAGUGUCUGAGAAGGAAAGUAAAUUGAAGCAGAGCGAGGAAGAGCUUUACGCAAGACACAGAGAGAUGAAGGAGCAACUGGACAGGAACAAGGCAGAGCUCGAAGAAAAGAAAUCUCGCAUCGAAAGUGGAAGACCGCUCGAAGAGAAAGGCAAGAGGAAGGGUUUCUCACUCCGUUAA